AUGUCCGACGCUACUGCCGCGACCAACGGCGCUGCUGCGUCCGUCGACAAGGUCGCUGACAAGCUCGCCAACACAACCCUCCCCACCUCCAACGGCACCAACGGUCACUCCAACGGCGACCACAAGGACAACGACGACGAAGGUGACGAUGAUGACGACGAUGACGACGACGAGGAAGGCGACGCUGGUGCGUCUGCUGCUACCGGCGCAGCAAAGAAGAAGAAGAAGAACAAAAAGAAGAAGAAGAAGUCCAAGGCCAAGCUUACGCAGACCGUUCCACCUCGUGUCGGCCUCACAAAGAUCUUCACCAACGGCAUCUAUCCCGUCGGUGAGAUUCAGCAGUACGAUACGUCGAAAUUCAGCGAGGAGAGGAAGCGCGUCACCGACGAAGAGCUCCGCGAGCGAGAGAGAAUUGUGCAGCAGGAGGAUGGAUUCGACUACAACAUCAUUCGUCGAGCCGCCGAGGCUCACAGGCAAGUGCGUCAGUACGCGCAAAGCGCCAUCAAGCCCGGUAUGACCAUGACCGAAAUCGCUGAGCUCGUCGAGGACGGCACGCGGGCGGUCGUCGAAGCGGAAGGUUUCGAGUCCGGUAUCGGCUUCCCAACCGGUGUCUCGGUCAACGAGUGCGCCGCUCACUACACUCCCAACGCCGGCGACAAGCGUGUGCUUCAGGCUAGCGAUGUUCUCAAGGUGGAUUUCGGUGUUCACGUCAAAGGUCGUAUCGUCGACUCGGCCUUUACGCUCAACUUUGAGCCUACCUGGGAUCCGCUACUCGCCGCCGUCAAGGCAGCCACAAACGCCGGUAUCAAGGAAGCCGGUAUCGACGCCCGCCUCGGUGAGAUCGGUGCGUCGAUCCAGGAGGUCAUGGAGUCGCACGAGUUCGAGGCCAACGGCAAGAUGCACCAGGUCAAGUGUGUUCAGAACCUCAACGGUCACAGCAUCGAGCGCUACUCGAUCCACGGCGGCAAGUCGGUGCCCAUCGUCGCCAUGCCCGACCUGGACGUAAAGAUGGAAGAAGGCGAAUACUACGCCAUCGAGACGUUCGGCUCCACAGGACGAGGCUACGUGAUCGACCAGGGCGAGUGCUCGCACUACGCACGCAAGAAGAACCUGCCCAAAUCGAUUCCCAUCCGUGUCCACUCGGCGCACGGGUUGCUGCGUACCAUCAACAAGCACUUUGACUCUCUGCCCUUCUGCCGACGAUACCUCGAUCGUGCGGGCGAGAAGAACUAUCUGUUGGGGCUGAAGCACCUCGUCUCGCUUGGUGUCGUUCAGGAUUACCCGCCGCUGUGCGAUAUCGCGGGGGCGAUGACGGCUCAGUAUGAGCACACGAUCUUGCUGAGACCGACGUGCAAGGAGGUGGUUUCGCGCGGAACGGAUUACUGA